UCACUGAAUGAGAAGUACAGAGCAAGUCCCACGCACUGUCCUGAAAAAAAUUUUAAUCUUCUUUUCUUAGAACUAUCUUGUUUGGUAUCAUCAGGCCCUGAGAGCACAGUGCAUGUCAGCAUCUAAGAUUCCACUUUUCAAAAUGAAGGACCUGAUACUGAUCCUAGGCCUCCUGGAAAUGAGUUUUGCAGUGCCGUUGUUUCCUCAGCAAUCUGGAACACCGGGUAUGGCUAGUUUGAGCCUUGAGACAAUGAGACAGUUGGGAAGUUUGCAGGGAUUAAAUACACUUUCUCAGUAUUCUAGAUUUGGCUUUGGGAAAUCAUUUAAUUCUUUAUGGAUGCAUGGUCUCCUCCCACCACAUUCCUCUUUUCCAUGGAUGAGGCCAAGGGAACAUGAAACUCAACAGUAUGAAUAUUCUUUGCCUGUGCAUCCCCCACCUCUCCCAUCACAGCCAUCCUUGAAGCCUCAACAGCCAGGACUGAAACCUUUCCUCCAGUCUGCUGCUGGAACCGCCAACCAAGCCUCAGCACAGAAAGCGCUUCAGCCUCCAAUUCACCUGGAACAGCUGCCCUUGCAAGAAGGAGAACUGCCUCCGAUUGAACAGCAGGUGGCACCAUCAGAUAAGCCACCAAAGCCUGAGCUCCCAGGAAUAGAUUUUGCUGAUCCACAAGGUCCAUCACUCCCAAGAAUGGAUUUUGCUGAUCCACAAGGCCCGUCACUCCCAAGAUUGGAUUUUGCUGAUCCACAGGGUCCAUCUAUUUUCCAAAUAGCCCGUUUGAUUUCUCGGGGACCAAUGCCACAAAAUAAACAAUCUCUGCUUUAUCCAGGAAUGUUUUACGUGCCUUUUGGAGCAAAUCAAUUGAAUGCCCCUGCCAGACUUGGCAUCAUGAGUUCAGAAGAAAUGGCAGGAGGGAGAGGAGGCCCAAUGGGCUAUGGAGCCUUGUUUUCAGGAUUUGGAGGCAUGAGGCCCAGCUUUGGGGGAAUGCCUCACAACCCAGCUAUGGGCGGUGACUUCACUCUGGAAUUUGACUCACCAGUGGCUGCAACCAAAGGCCCCGAGAAGGGAGAAGGAGGUGCACAAGGCUCCCCUAUGCCAGAGGCCAACCCAGACAAUCCAGAAAACCCAGGUGUCUUUCCAGACCUAGAACCUGCUGCCCACGCAGGGCUCCUUGCUCUCCCUAAGGAUGAUGUUUCCAGCCUGCCAAGAAGCCCUUCAGGGAAGAGGAAGGGAGCCCUCGGCUUCACCCCAGCAGCUGCUGACCCAAUGAUGACCCCUGAAUUAGCUGAUGUUUAUGGGACCUAUGGUGCUGACAUGACCACAUCCGUGGAUUUCCAGGAAGAAACAACCAUGGAUACCACAAUGGCCCCAAAUUCUCUGCAAACAUCCAUGUCAGGAAACAAAGCCCAGGAGCCCGAAAUGAUGCAUGACGCUUGGCAUUUCCAAGAGCCCUGAGAGCUCUAAGAGAUUAGCUACUUUCUGUAUGCACAAGCUUCCCAGCUUUGUCCCCACAGUGUACCUUUUUGCUAAAACACUUAUUAUCCUUCUGCAGCAAAGGCAUUAAAAGUGCUAAGCGCAUACUAAUAAAUGCAAGUGGCUAGAAAUAGUGUAGGUCCCCUUCUUGCUUUCAAUAUCUUGUUGAAAUAAAACGUGUCAAUUGCCUCCGUGAUUUAGAAAUACUAUUAAUAAUAUCAAAGCAAUGGUCUAAGGGUCUCAGCAUUUGAUUCACUGUUUCUUAGCUUUCUUAAGCAUUAUAGAAUUUCUCUUAUUAGCAUGACACUAUUAUAUCCAGAAAAUGUGGCACUGCUUUUUUCUCUAAGCAAAGGCACAUAUUCUCAUAAUUCUCAGCUAAUUCAUUUAAACUUUAUUAAAUGGGGAUUGGUGGAGAACUCCUGACUGGUAUUACUGGGUUUGGUAUAUUGAAUUUACAGUUCUCAUUUAUAGAGUAUUUUAUUUAAUCUAGUAAAAAUAUAUGGCCUAUUUUAAAUAAAGAAUUUUUCUCACUGAAA